GGGUCGCCGCCUUGGGGUGCUGGGAAACCGUCCCCUGGGCCCGGGCCCUCUCCCCCGCCCCCUCUCGGAUCCCUCCUCCCGAGCUCCCUUCCGUCGGUCGGUCUGUCUGUCCGCGUCAGGCCCUCCCUUCCGUCCGGCCACUUCCACCUGUCCCUUCCCAAGCUCCUAGAGACCACAGUCGACUUGGGGAUUAGGCAUCACCCCCGGGGUGCGAAAGAAAGCUCUGCCGCUUGCCCUGCCUCACCUUGCUCCACAUCAGGUCCAGCGGCCUCGGGCUGCAUCAAGUGGAGGAGAAGGACGAGGAGGAGGCGGCGGAGGAGGGUGGCACCAUGGGCCCGGGCCGUGCCCUCCAUGCCCGGGGGAUGAAGACACUGCUACCAUGGACAGCCCCCCGUGCCAGCCUCAGGCCCUGAACCAGGCGCUCCCUCAGCUACCAGGGUCUGUGUCGGAGGCCUUGGAGCCCAGCCGAGCCAGGAUGGGUGUAGAGAGUUACCUGCCUUGCCCACUGCUGCCCUCUUACCACCGUCCAGGAGCACCUGGUGACGCCUCGGCUGGCAGUGGGACCCCCAGGGCCACAGCUUCUGCCACCGCUGCCAGCCCUCUGCUGGAAACCUUCGGUGGGCAGGAUGGAGGUGAGCUGUGGCCACUGCAGAGUGAAGGUGCCACGGCGCUCAUCACCAAGGAAUGCCAGCGACUGGCAGCCCAAGGUGCCCGGCCUGAGGCCCCCAAAAGGAAAUGGGCCGAACAUGGUGACGGCGGGGAGGCCUCUUCACCCAGCAAGCGGCCCUGGGCCAGGCCAGAGAACCAGGAGGCUGAGGGGGACAGCGGUGUGGGUUGUGACCGUAGUGGCCGCAGCUCCGCCAGUGGUGGUGGCGAGGCAAACGCUGGCCUGAAGGAGUUGGCUCCAGCCUCUGCACCGGAGCGCCUGGCCCUAGACUACAUCGUGCCUUGCAUGCGUUUUUACGGUAUCUGCGUCAAGGACAACUUCUUGGGGGCGACGCUGGGUGGACGAGUGCUGGCCGAGGUGGAGGCCCUGAAGCGGGGCGGGCGUCUCCGUGAUGGGCAGCUGGUGAGCCAGCGGGCCAUUCCCCCGCGCAGCAUCCGCGGAGACCAGAUCGCCUGGGUGGAAGGCCACGAGCCGGGCUGUAGGAGCAUCGGGGCGCUCAUGGCGCGCGUGGACGCCGUCAUACGUCACUGUGCCGGGCGGCUGGGCAGCUAUGUCAUUAAUGGGCGCACCAAGGCCAUGGUGGCGUGUUACCCAGGCAAUGGGCUGGGCUACGUGCGGCACGUUGACAAUCCCCACGGAGAUGGACGCUGCGUCACCUGUAUCUAUUACCUGAACCAGAACUGGGAUGUUAAGAGCGGUCCCUGUGCUGGCGCUGCGCCCCCUAGUGGCUGCGUGGGCAGUGCCAAGCAUGCCCUCCGCGUCAUCCUCGACCCCCUCUGGCUGCCCCAGGUUCAUGGUGGCCUGCUGCAGAUCUUCCCUGAGGGUCGGCCUGUGGUCGCCAACAUCGAGCCACUCUUUGACCGGUUGCUCAUUUUCUGGUCUGACCGACGGAACCCACAUGAGGUGAAGCCAGCCUAUGCCACCAGGUACGCCAUCACUGUCUGGUAUUUUGAUGCCAAGGAGCGAGCAGCGGCCAAAGACAAGUACCAGCUAGCGCUGGGACAGAAAGGCGUCCAAGUCCCCGUGUCACAGCCGGCUGCGCCCCCCUAGAGGCGCGGGCGACCUGCAAAGACCUGCAGUUGUGGCUCAGGAGAGCCGCCCGCCGCAGCCCGCCUCAGUGCCCGCUCCUCCCCGGCGACUGCCCGGCCGUGCGGCGGCGGGCUCGAGCACCUCCGAGGACCCGCGCGGACGCCCUGCUGCCCCGCGAGCGAGGACCUGACCUGCGCAGUGGCCUCUGCGGAAGGCUACCACCUGGCGCCGGGGCCUGUGUCCUGUUGUUUGGUCAUCGCCCAUUGGGCAUGGGGCUGGAGAAAGCAGGAUUUGGGGUUGAGGUGAGUCACGGCCUCUUGCUGGCGAAGGUUUGUGGGGUCACCCCCCCUCCAGCCUGGAAUGUGAAGUGACUCCCCAACCCCUGUGGCUGCGGCUGCUGGAGCAGAGGACGGUGCCAGGAGGAGCAUGCGUGUGGACCGAAGUCUGCCCUGCCGGCCGAGAAAUAAAAGUUUACCUCAGAGCUGCAAA